AUGGCGACCAUUUCGUCAUCUCGUAGGCAGUCAGUGCCUGCGCCUAGUCGACGACAAGUUUCUUAUGUCGACCAGAAACCGAUAAACGGUAUGGAAAACAAUGCUCCGUUUGCGAACAAUCGAUACCCUGUCAAACGAGCUACCUCGGACAAUUAUGCCAAUCAUUCUCCCAUCCUCCCUGUUGGCCCAGAGGUUCAGCGUCCCGCUCCUCCUUCAUUCAGAAACUCCUUCAAUUCGGGACCGUCGCGCAGGUUUGGAGAAGGGCCAAAACCAUUCGCUGUGCGGGCUAAAGAAUUACAAAUUGAGGGGGCUUUGGAUGGGCUAGAUCGCCUUUCUCCAACAAACAGUGCUUCCUGGGUGGAAUCCCAACGACAGCUAAAUGAAGAAGCAGGGCCCCUAGAAGGCAGGUUGUCUCCGCAUGUCGACCUGCAAAACGUGACUAUCCGCAAGCCGAGGAAUAAUAGUAAACGGGCAAAUCCUCCUGAUGAUCCCGUCCCGCCGUCUAAAUCCAAUUCGUCACUGUCACCUCCUAGCGCAAGAAGCAAUUCGCUGAAUCAGAAAAGAGACGGGCAUGUGCGGCGCGAUUGGGCUCCUGAGAAGUCUCCAUUACAGAAACUGGAAUUCACGUUGAAAGAUUUCAGCAAAGAAGAGAAACGUGCCAGGUUGGAGGAAGCUGAAAUGCUGCUAAGGGACGCAAAGGCCGGUCGUCGAAGUCGCCAAACCAGCCGUGACAUGACUCCACCUUCACAAUCAAGCACAGCGCUCAGGCCGAAAAGCACCACGGAUCCUUCAAAUCUGGAGGAAACGGGCUUAGUCCGGAGUUUGAGUGCCAAGCAGCGUGAUAGAUUGCAUCACAGCGCUGUCAUAGAUUCGACAAAGCCUGAUGCCAAUCGUUUCUCAAGGGACGGCCGGGGUGGCUUUGACUAUGAAGAGAACCCGCUGUACGAGAACCGACAAAAGCCUCCAAUCCAAGAGCAGGUCCUCGAUGAACAGUAUGAUAUUCCAAGAAAUACCGGGCGACAGAGGGGUUGGGAUCUUAGUGAUACAGCAACAACAACACAGGUUGCGGAUCAAAGAAUGAACGAUGCGGCAACGUUACAAAAAUCCCAGUCGCAAGUUACAGAAGCCUUUACCACGGAAUCUCAAUCCUCAAUUGCAAGCGGACCCUGUCCAGAAAAGGAGAGCGUUCCCGUCAGCUGCAGCAUCAUCAUCAACUUCAGCUGCCCCAGCUAUUCGGCCGGCUACCAGUCGCAGCACUUCAUCAAAUCUCCAGAUAGAAUCGGAUAG